AUGUCUACCGAAAUGGGCCCGGACAAGCCACUCCCAUAUAGCGACCACUUUUCCUCUCCCGAAGAAUAUGUCGAAUCCCUCUUGAAUUUCCUCGGAAGCAACUCCCUGCUAGGAACACUCUGCGGCGGAGUACAUAUUCUCGACUUCUUCACCACCGAUCCUCCCCUCUAUCCCCGCCUUCUGCCCCAAGAAUGGCGACAAUGGUUCGAUGCCACCGAUAUCAUGGAUAUUCUCGACCUCCUCAUGCGUGAGGAUAUGGAAAGCAUCCCUCAGGAAGGACAGUGGAGAAAUGGGCCAAUCCCACCCAACUCUCUCCUCCAAUACAUCACUUCAGUCCGCCUCCAUCUCCUUAACCGCUCGCCCUCCUCCUCCCGCUGCUCCCUCAACCGCUCUCUCAAAUCCCGUCCUUUGGCCCGGCACGUCGCGGUGGGAAUGUCGCUCAAAAAAGUACACGAAGUCGGCCUCUUUGCUCACUACCUCGACAAUCUUUGCCAAACUUACCAAACUUCUACCUCCCAACAAAUCUCUCAUCUCGUCGAUUUCGGUUCGGGCCAGAAUUAUCUGGGACGUGCCUUGGCUUCCCAACCGUUCAACAAGAACAUCGUGGCCAUUGAGUCGAAAUCCGAGAAUGCCGAGCGGGCGAGGGAAUUCGAUGUCAUGGCCAAAUUGGCCGUCAAGGAGAAGAUAUUACGCAAUAAAAAGGUGUGGAGGGAGACGGGCGAGCAUGUUCCUCCUACGCCACCGCCCGAAAUAACCCCUUCAGCAUCACCACCACCGACGGUGGAAGUCCCCCCUCCAGAAGGAGGAACGGGAACAAUCCUCUACAUCAACCAUCGCCUCGCAGACGGCAAUCUCUCCGACGUCAUCUCCCAAAUCCCUCCCCCUUCCUCCACAGACCCUCAAGACCAGAACCUCCUGGUAACAUCCCUCCACUCCUGCGGUAACCUCCUCCACCACGGCCUCCGCUCCCUAACCCUCAACCCCACCGUCCAAAUCGUAGCAAUGGUAGGCUGCUGCUACAACCUCCUAACCGAACGUCUCGGUCCCGCAACCUACAAACUCCCCUCCCUCCGCCCAGCCGCCCACCCCCGCCUCUCAACCCUCGCAGAAGCCCGCGAUCCAAAUGGUUUCCCCAUGUCCGAACGUUUCUGCACCGCCUACCCAUCUCCAUCCUCUUCAAACCCCCACGCCUCCUCCAAUCCAACAGAAGCAGAGGGCGUCAAAUUAAACAUCACCUCCCGCAUGAUGGCCGUCCAAGCCCCCGGAAACUGGGGUCCCCACGACUCGGAAUCCUUCUUCACCCGCCACUUCUACCGCGCCUUAUUACAACGCAUCUUCCUCGACUACGGAAUCAUUACUCCUCCCCGCGGCAUCGUAGAAGAAGGAGCCAGUCCCGCCGGGCAUUCCUCGGGCGGAACACCCAUCAUCAUCGGCUCGCUGCGUAAAAGCUGCUAUGUGAAUUUCCCCGCUUAUGUGCGUGGGGCGCUGGCGAAACUGAUGCUGGAGAAGGAGGGGGAAAAGGGGAAUGUCUUUCGAGAGAAAUUGGCAGGGAUUGAGGAUGAGGAGAUUUUGAGAUAUGAAAGGAUUUAUGAAGGGGGCAAGAAGGAUUUGAGUGUUAUUUGGGCUUUGAUGGCUUUUUCUGCCGGUGUGGUUGAGGCGGCGAUUGUGGUGGAUCGGUGGUGUUGGUUGAUGGAGCAGGAGGAGGUGGGGGAGGCUUGGGUGGAGAGUGUGUUUGAGUAUGGGGUUAGUCCGAGGAAUUUGGUCGUUGUUGGGGUUAAGAAGUGA